AUGGAGUCCUCCUUGCAUGGCUUGAGGGUUGCUCCAAGUGCUCCUAUGAUCUCUCAUUUAUUUUUUGCUGAUGAUAGUGUGAUUUUUUGUCGGGCUUCGGAGGAGGAGGUUCAGGUGGUUUCUUCCAUUCUUAAUUUUUAUGAGGACGCUUCAGGUCAGAAAAUUAAUCUUGACAAAUCACAACUUAAUUUUAGCCGAAAUGUGCUUUCCACUAGAAUUGAUCAGCUGUCAAGGCUCAUGGGUGUUAAGGCUGUGGCGAGUUAUGAUAAAUAUUUGGGUCUUCCCACGAUCAUUGGGAAGUCUAAAACCCAAGUGUUUGCUUUUGUCAAGGAGAGGGUUUGGAAGAAGUUGAAGGGGUGGAAGGAGAAAGCUCUCUCUAGAGCUGGAAGGGAAGUCCUUGUGAAAGUAGUGGCCCAGGCGAUACCGGCUUAUGUCAUGAGUUGCUUUGCAAUGCCUUUGUCUCUUUGCUUAGAGAUUGAGGGGAUGAUAAAUAGAUUUUAUUGGGGGUGGGGGACGUGA